AUGAAUUUAGGAGAUGUUCAAAAAACCUUCAAAUAAGUGUACUAACAAGGAGGGAUAAAGCACUUUUAUAAAGGAGGUUUGAUAGCUAUAAUUGGAAGUGGCCCGGCAUUUUCUUUAUACUUGACAUCCUAUAAAUAUUUCAAGAUGCAAUUAGGCAAUAAAAUAGAAUCAAAACUCCUAUUGCAUCUAAGUUGCGGCUUAUUGGCUGAAACUGUAAGUGGGGUUUUGUGGUUACCUAUUGAUGUAGUAAAGGAAAGAUUACAGGUUUAAAAAAGAUUUGGGUAUCAUAAUUACAGUGGAUCAAUUGAUGCAGUCUUAUAAAUAGUCAAAAAGGAGGGGGUUUUAGGGCUAUACAGAGGAUUUGGAGCCACCUUAGGAUUUUUUGGCCCAUACAGUGCUUUAUAUUUUGCCAGUUUUGAAUAUUUGAAAGAGUAGACUAACAAUAAUGCUCUACUGUCUUCUUUAGGGGCUUUCAUUUUCUCGUCUAUUUUGACAUAGCCACUUUCAGUUAGUAAAAUGAGGAUAUAAAUUUAAUCUCGAAAGAUGCUGGAAAAUCAAACAGGGGAGGGUUUGUUUAAUUACAAGAAUUAAUUGCAUGGAAUUUGGAGAAUUCUUAUAGAUGAAGGGAUUUAAGCAUUAUUUAGAGGCUAUGUUAUGAGAUGCUUGUAUGCAGGUUCUUUAACCAUUUUUAAUAUGACAUUUGAGGAAUGUUCUAAAUUCUUAUAAAAUAAAUAUUUAUGUUAUAUGCUUUCAUCCAUUUUUGUAUUAUUAUUUUAAUAUCCACACAUCACUAUGAGUAACACACUAACACUUUACUACAAUCCCCUAUCUAUGCCUUCUAGAGCAGUGCUUACUUUGUUAACCUUGGGAAACAUUCCUCACACAGCCAAAGUUGUGGAUUUACAAAAAUAAGAAAACCUUACCCCAGAAUUCACAGCUAUUAACCCAUGCCAAGGUCUCCCAGCUUUGGAUGAUGACGGAUUCAAAUUGUUCGAGAGUCAUGCAAUUCUUAGAUACAUUGUCAAUAAAUAUCAGUUGCAUGAUUUUUAUCCCAAAGAUCCAUAAGAAAUUGCCAAAGUUGAAUGUUAUUUAGAUUGGCAUCAUACCGGCACUAAAUUGGUUUCCAAAUUUGUGUUUGAUCACAUUAUUGGACCAAAAAUGAUGGGAAAACCUGCUCCACCUGAUUUUGAAGCAAAAGAGAAGGAGAUGGAAUCAAUCCUUUAAUUUAUAGAAUAUGUAUUUUUAGGCCAAGGCAAAUUUAAAUAUGUGUAAAAUUAACCUAAAAUGACAAUUGCCGAUUUAGCUUUAAUCUUUGAACUCUAGAUGCUUUUCGGUUUCAAUUACUCCUUUGACAAAUUCCCAGGAUUGAAAAAUUAUGUUCAACACAUGUCCUAAGUACCUCAAAUCAAGUAGGCUAAUCAAGCAUUCUACGGCAUGAUUAAAAAUGCUCCAUUGAAUGACUUCGUUAAGGCAUUGGUAUAAUGAUACAUUAUUAAUCAUUCAUUAACCAAAUUUAUACAAAUUGUUAUUUA